UUCUUGAUCUUUUUCGAAUCUGAGAAAGCACACAGCAGUAGAUCAAAAGCGUUAUUUCUUAAAUUCAUCCGCCUUUUAAGACCAUCCAAGCACUCAAAGAACAAAAUAUCUAGAGAUUAUUUACAGAACUACAGUAUAUUCAUUUAUUAUUUCAUCUAAUCUAAAACUGCAAAUGGAGAGUCUGAUUGGACCUGUGGUGGAAGUUUUUACGUCACUGGCGAUUACUCCAAGCAUACGUCAAAUUGGCUACUGCAUUCAUCACAAGAAGAACAUGGAAAAGUUUAAGAUAAAAAUGGAAGACCUGAACAACAUGAAAACAGAUAUACAAACUAGAGUCAUUGCAGCUGAGAAGAAUCUAGAAUCAAUCAGAAAAGUCAUUAAAGCCUGGCUGAGAAGGGUGGACAAGGAAAUUAUCCAGGAUGAGACAACAAUAGGAUUAAUGAAAUUACUUAAUGGUGAGGAUGCAGAAAUUUUCAAUCACAAUCAGUGUUGCUGUUCUAGUCACAGUCGCCGUAAAAUUGGCAGAGCAGCCGAAAAGAAGAUAGAAACAAUUGAUGAGUUCUUAAAUGAAGCAAAAAGCUUCUCCUAUGAUGUUUCACAUCAUUCUCCUCCAGAUGUUAAGCCAUUUACGCCAAAAGGUACUGAAGAUAUUGCUGAUCUCGCAUCAAGAGAGUCUACCAUGAACCAAGUCAUGACAGCACUGAAGGAUGAAGGAACCUACUCAGUCGGGAUAUACGGAAUGGGCGGAGUGGGCAAGACGACGCUAGUGAAUCACAUACGCAAAGAAGUGAAGAAACAGAAACUUUUUAAUAUAGUUAUAAUGACAACCGUUACACACAACCCUGACUUGAAAAGGAUUCAAGAUGAAAUUGCACAGAAACUGGGUUUGCUACGACUUCGACAAUUGGAUGAUACAUCCACCAGAGCCGCACUACUAUCAGAGCGACUGAAGCAAGAGAAAAGGAUUCUCGUGAUUUUUGAUGAUGUCUGGACUAACGAUCUAGAUAUAUUGGCUGAUGUGGGUAUCCCUUAUGGGAAAAACCACCACAAAGUAUGCAAAGUUGUAAUCACCACAAGAAGCCUUGAAGUAUGUAAUUCGCUGUUAAGUCCAAAAAAUAUCGAAGUCGGAGUCUUAACAGAAGAAGACUCAUGGCUUCUGUUCAAGAAAAGCGCUGGUAACAUGGACGAUUCUUCCGCUCUACAAAGAGUGGCUGAAGAGAUUGUUAAAGAAUGUGGUGGUUUGCCUUUAGCACUUGUUACACUUGGUAGGGCAUUGAGGAACAAGGACAAGCUUGUGUGGGAUGAUACCGUUCUUCAACUAAGAAGUUCGAACUUCACUUAUAUAAAUGGAAUGAAUUCCAAAGUUUUUUCCUCGAUAAGGCUGAGUUAUGAUCACCUGGGAAACGAAAUAAUAAAAAGAUGCUUCCUAUUUUGUAGCUUAUUUCAUGAAGACUGCCAAAUAAACGUUGAUAAAUUGAUGAUAUAUGUUAUGAGCGAUCAGACUAUAAUGGAAGAUCUUGAGACUAUAAAGCAGGUGAGGGGUAGACUGCAAACAGUGCUGGACAAACUUAUAGCUUCAUGUUUGUUGCUAUUAGAUGCAAAGAAACAUGAUGGUACUAUAUAUACUGUGAAGAUGCAUGACAUUGUUCGAAGUGUGACCAUAAAAAUUGCAUCAGAAGAGGACAAUGGAUUUUUCGUACUGGCAGAUGUGGGUUUGAAAGACUGGCCAGAAAGGAGACUGUUGUCUGCUGCUAAAUGCUUGCGACUGUCACUUAUGGAGAAUAAAAUCAGUGCCCUACCAGACAACCCUGACCUCCCUCAUCUCUUAAGCUUGUCACUGGAAAAGAAUCGCUCAUUGCAGAAGAUCCCAGAUAAUUUUUUCCAAAGCAUGAUAGCUCUCGUCGCUCUUGACUUAAGCCAUACCGGUAUUUCUUCGUUACCUUCAUCACUUUCUUUCCUUGUGAACCUCCUGUCGCUUCAUUUAGAUUGUUGCAACUUUUACAAUAAUCACACAAGUUUAUCUGUAAUUGGAAAACUGAAGAAACUUGAAAUACUAAGUUCCGUAAACUGCUAUAUAAUAAGAUUGCCUGAAGAAAUAGGGGGCUUGUCAAAUCUGAAGUCAUUAAAUCUAUCAGAGAAUCACGAGCUUACCAUUCCACCAAAUGUGAUACCAAGAUUAUCUCACUUGGAGGAACUGUACAUGAAAGGAAGCUCGUGUCAGUGGGAAGUUGGGCAAACACGAAAUGGAAGUAAUGCUAGUCUAGAUGAGAUCACAUCCUUGACUUGCUUGAACACUCUCCACCUGGAUGCACGUAACAACAAAAUGGUAAGCUUGUCCAUAUCCAUGGGAUGUAGCUGGCCUAGCAACAGGGACUAUGUACCAUAUUAUUGCAAUAUUUCAUUGCACUUCGAUUGUUAUCUUUCGACAUCAAAACUGUUUUACAACUCAAUCAAAGUACUGUUGGCAAGAUUAGAUAAUCUAAUGCUGGUAAGUUGUACUGGCCCAAGUAGUAUGGGGCAACUUGUUACAGAUGUUGGCUUUCCUCAUAUGGCGUCUCUUUUUGUGGGAGAAUGUCAUCAAAUGGAAUACCUAGUGAGCAUGGAGAAGAACCCAGUAAUUAUGUUCAGUGCACUAGAAAAACUAUAUUUGCAUUCGCUGAGUAAUUUGAAAUCGAUUCUUCAUGGCUCAACGCCAUCAGGAUUCUUCAACAAGUUAAACCUAUUGCAACUGCAGAAAUGCAAAGAGUUGGAUAGCAUCUUUCACUCUGAUGUAUUUGUGAAGCUAAAGAAUCUAAGAGUACUCCGAGUGGAAGAAUGUCGCAAGUUGAAAGAAGUAUUCUGCUUGGAAGUUGUUGAUAGAAGAAGCCUUGACGAGGAUGCACAUGUUGUCACUUAUCCUAGGUUAGAAGAAAUGUAUUUGAUAGAACUUCCAGAGCUCACGACUAUAUGGAAAGGGGUAUGUCCAGCUGAAAGCCUCCAAAUGCUAAAAGUAUUGGAAGUGGAGGCAUGUUAUGAGCUGAAACAUCUCUUCUCUGCAGCAAUGUUACUUUCACUUCGAAAGUUGGAGAAGCUCAAGAUUUCUAGAUGCAGUGGCAUGGUGACAAUUGUAGAAUCAUUAAAGCAUGAUGAACAAGACUUGGCGUUACUGGAUAUAGACAAAGAUUCAAGUCAGAUCCCUCCUCACUACCUCCGUGAUACUUGUCAGACACCUGAUGAAACAGUCUUCCCUAACCUCAGGGAACUCAUUGUGGAUAGGUGCCACAGCAUGGAGCAUCUCUUAACUAUCAGACUGUUACUGGUUCAUGGAGGUCUACCAAAACUAAUUUUUUUUUGUGUGAGCUAUUGCAACCAAAUGGAGGUUAUAUUUUAUGAAGAUGGCUAUAAGAAGACAGGUGGCAUAACAAAUGCAGAUGUGCCACUAUCUCACUUAACGCAGCUUCAUCUAGUUCGGCUACCAAAGCUUUCAACUUUUCAGCAGCCAGAGGAGAAGUCAAGGAUUUUGGUUUGGCCAACUUUAGAAGUUCUGAAAGUUGACAGGUGUAAGAAUCUUAAAAGACUCCCAUUGAGUAAUCACAACAAUAUCCCACCUAAACUGAAAGUGAUUCUUGGAGAUAGUCAAGGAUGGUUUGAUGAAGAGCUCCAAUGGGACGAAGAUAACGAUAAAAGUUUGAAGGCUCGCCUACAACCCCUAUUCAAGGUAUACUAAAUGAUACACGCAGAAGAUAAAGGUUCAUUUGAUAACAAAGCACCAGAAAUAACAGCACCAGAUGAGCUGGUCCCAACUCUUAAAUGAUAGUGUGUACUCCUAUGUUUUGUUUAUUUAUAGAAAUUAUACAUAACUUCUGUAAUAUUAAUGAAUACCAGGUACAUAAGGUGUACCCGCCGAAGUCACAAAGCAUUUGUUUCUUUGAUUUGAUGCUUCUCCUGUUGUACGAUAGAUAUUUGUGACUUACAGUUAAAAUGAUUCCCUUUUCAUGUAAAGUUAAAACCAAUAAUAAACAAUGUUUACUAC